AUGAAGGAUUCCGGCAGCAUCCGCCUACUGGCAACAGGCGAACUGACGGGUCAGAGAUAUGGGGAGACACCCUACAAGUUGUACGAGUCCACCGACGGGCUCACGAGAGAGCAGCUUGAGCAAGCUCCCUACUUCUUCGUGUGGCUCCACGGCAUGGGCAACGGCCCCAUCGCGCCGAAGAACCUGCAAAGGAUGCAAGCGAGACUUAAGCACCGGGUGAUCUUCAUGGCUCCUCAAAGCCCGACCGCGAAGAACGAGCUCCGCUUCGACUGGGGCUGCUGUUACCACAAGACCCAGAACAAGAAUCAGCUAGGUUAUGUCUUUGGCUCGUUGCAUCAGGAGUUUCUUCGCGAUUUCUCACAGCAGAUCGGCUUUCUGGCCUCGUUGUUUCAAGCUGAGCGUACCCUCGUGAUGGGGUACAGCAUGGGCGGAUUCGGCGCUUUCCAAGUCGGGGGAUUCUCCCCAGCCACCUUCGACGCGGUGGUGUCGGUGGCGGGCUACGGCCUCGGGACCCUCGAGGAAGGUGAGGAGACACCCCAGCCAGAAGCACGAGAGCGCUUCGAGCAGUUCCUGGAGCAGGUAGCCACGAAAUUGUCAGACGUGCCCAUCGUGCUGGCGCUGCACGCACAGAAAGAUGGCAUGUCAAGCUUCACUGAUGUUAGCGCAAUCAUCGACAAGGUGAAGGAGUCGAGCCAGCAGCAUGGAAAAGAGAACGUUGUUGAGUUGCACCAGGUUCCGGAUGGAAAAGCUGAUUCUGACAAAACGUGGAAUAAAAAGACGAAGCAGAAGCGAAGAGGUCACCACUACUUCAACUACACCCUCCUCGACGGAUCCAGUGAAGAUUUCUUCUGGGCUAAGCUGCGAAGGUUCCUGGCAAAAGCUGAACCCCGCGGCGAGCUUUUUCCUGUCUCAGUCCAAAGUCGGAGACUUCCGUGGAGUGGCCGAGGAGCUGGGCGAAUGCCCUCGUGUCCGAAAUGCGAGCCAGAGGCGGCUCAGGACGAGGAGAUCGAGCCAGAGUUUGAAGUGGAGGGAGACGAGGAAGACCAGGCCGGGGUCUGGACCAAGGAGGAGGAAGAUCCUGAACAGAUUCGCGGCUGGAAGCUUGAAGACGAGCCUGAGCAGGAGGAGGCCGGCGCACUUGAGGAGAUGCCGCAACUCAAAGAGGACGCAUGGCCGGGAGCAGAAGGCCCUGAAAACCUGUCCUGGAAAGCGGCCUCAAGAGGCCCCCGUCCUCGCGUUGCGCCCUACUGA